AUGACUCGUUCCCGCUCCUGGUCCGCGUCUUUCACAAAUCUUCUCACUUCAAAAUCACCAAGCGAGGAACCUAAAGGUCGAUUACGUCGCGACACCUUUACCUCGAUUACCGAAGCGCACAUCGCAUCUCCAUCGCGAGACAGCCCGCACCCCCCGCAAAGCAGAACGAGCAGACCGUCCUCAAGACCUAUGAGUAUUGUGCAGCCAUACCAACCACCGCUACUAGAGGUGGAGCGGGAUACUUUACCAGAGCUGCAGCCAAUAUUUACGUUUUUAAAUAGCCAUAGCAAGAAGCUAUACACGGAGGGGUAUUUCUUGAAAUUGAACGAUUUAAAUCCUGAUGGGAAGCCAAGUCAUGACAGAAAUUGGCAGGAGUGCUUCGCGCAGCUGGUAGGGACUGUGUUAUCGUUAUGGGAUGCGGCGGAAUUAGAUGCGGCAAAGCCGGGGGAGGAGGUUGUGCCAACAUUUUUGAACCUCACAGAUGCAUCGAUUAAGAUGAUUGAUACACUUCCAACUCGAUCAUCAGAUGUUCCUCCGCUCACUAAUGUCCUUAGUAUUUCCACUGCUGGCCGAAACCGAUACCUUUUUCAUUUUAAUUCCCACCAUUCACUCACGCUAUGGACUGCCGGUAUCAGGCUGUGCAUGUUUGAGCACUCUUCUCUCCAGGAAGCCUACACUGGCGCAUUGAUCGCCGGAAAGGGUAAGACACUCAACGGUAUUAAUACGAUAAUCGAGAAGACUCGCUUCAAGUAUGAGGAUUGGGCAAGAGUGCGAUUCGGCGCCGGUACACCAUGGCGUCGAUGUUGGGCAGUAAUCACGCCUCCAGACGAAAAGCAAGUCAAAAAGCAGAAGGCACUCUUGAAAAAGGCCCAGAAAACAGGAUAUACUUCUAUUCCUAUCCUCAAGGGAGAUAUCAAGUUUUAUGAAAAUAAGAAGAGCAAGAAAUCGCAGCCAAUAGCGACAAUCACCGAUGCCUUUUCAGCAUACGCUAUUUAUCCCCAGAGUAAGCCGCUGAUUGAUCAGAGCACCCUUGUCAAGAUAGAGGGAAAGAUCACCAUUAAUUCAGACCCACCAACAAUGAGUGAGGGAUUUGUGUUUGUGAUGCCAGAGGUGCACCCGGCUGUCAGUGGGUUUGAAAUGAUGCUGAAGUGGUUGUUCCCCACGUUUGACACCUUUGCACUGUAUGGACGCCCAAAUAGGUUGGUUCCAGAUAUCAAUGACGUCAAGAGCUUGAUGUUUGCAAUGCCCAGGGAACGACAAUAUGGGUACCUGGAAGUGGCAGAUAUCGUGUCAUUAAUUGUCUCUGAAGGGACUGCUAUCAACACUGAGUCGGAGUGGAGGGCUAAGUUGAAGAACGCAACUUACGAGAAGAUGAAAAACGAAUCGAGGACCGCAAGGCCUAGGACCAGUCUUCCAGCUGGGCAAAGGUUUCCCGGCGGAACUUUCGAUGGAGACUCUCAGAGAUCAAGCUCUUCUCUACCCAUUCCGGCAUCUCAACUUCCACCACAGCAUGUUCCGUUGAAUACUCCCCCAUUGCCCUCGAACAAUUAUCAUCAACGUUCAACAUCUGAGUCUACAGGGUACAUGCAGUAUCAGAAGCAACAGAGGGCUUCCCCUUCACUUUAUUCUAUGGCAGAGGCCCAGCAUGAUUCCCAGCAGAGUCAAGGUUUAGCUCGAAGUGAUUCUGGAUCUUCUGAUUCUAGCUUAUUCCAAGGGCGUCCCAUUGAUCCUGCUGCACGUCGUCUUCAGCAACAGACGGAACAACCAGCCUUUUCGGAAGUUCCAGCAACGCCAACAAUGACCCAUCCUCCAAGCUCGAGACCAAACCAACUGCCCCAGUCGCCUCAGCAGGCUCCACAAAUCCAGAGACGGAUUUCUAACAAUACACUAAAUGAGAUGGGAACUUCAGCAGCAGCAGCAGCAUUCUUGAAAGAGACAGGGGGUUCUAUCUCGCCCCCCUCGAACCCACCACAUCUAUUACCUAGCCAGAAAUCGCAAAUCACUGCGCAGAGCUCACUUGGAAAACAAAGCCUUGAGCCCCCACCAGGGUUUGAAAUUCAGAACUCGCAAGUUUUGCUUUCUGGGCCCCCCCCAAUGGGCGAUUCGAAGGUUGCGUACGAGGAAGGGUACGGCUAUAUUGGGCAGCCUCCCCCUUCACAACAGUCGUUUCAGCAAGUGCAGCGUCAACAUCAACAGCAGCAGCAACAGGGAAGUGGUCAGUCGGAUAUUGGUGUUCCGGAGGGACGUCGUCCUAGAUUCUCAUGGCAGGACACACCUGGAGGUACCCUUAUCCAACCAGUAAAGAUUCCGAGUCUCCAAACCCAGAACAUCUCUAGAAAGCCGACCAACGGCGCAGCCUCUGCUGACGAUACGCCAAAGACAACAGACAGUAUCGAAAGCCUUGCGAGGCAUCUAAUGAGUCAAGAGGCGCUUGACAAAAUUGGAAGAGAUAGCGAUGAUGUUACUUAUCAGGAGGAGGACACUUUUGAUCGACGAAGAGCCAGUAGAUUACAGCAGAUGUUGAGUGAGAAUGCCGAGAACAGCGGAAGUGAGUAUGGGAGUGAGGAAGAAGAAGAGCCUGAUUAUUCGAGCGUACACACGAGAGAGGAACCACCAAAAAGAGAUGCAGACAUGCCAAGAGCGGGAGUAAAGAAAGUUGUGGGGACGACCAUUGAGCCGGAGGUUGUGGUGGGUGACGUGCAUUACAAAUCAACUGCUGCGGAGCGAAAAGCGUUGCCUGCUGAUAUCCCCAAAGUUGAUUUUGGGACGACGAUAAACCACGGGCGUAGCUUGAGUGCGGAGAGUAGAGGUCUUGCUUCUCAGGGUACUAUGUUGGGCGGAAACCGUAGGGACUCAUUCCAAGCGUUGAAUGUGGACUGGUCCGAACACAACCGUGAAUCUUCCAGGUCUUCUGCUGGUAGCGAAAAACGUGAUUCUUGGAAUAGGCCUUCCCCGGACUCCGGAAACGAGCCUCACAGUUCUGAGAGUAGUGAAUCAAAAAGACGGAGCAUGGUCUGGCAACCCGGAAUGGUGCCAGUUGCUGGGGGGCAAAGAUCUCCGGAUCGAUCAGCAGAGCAAUACGUAUCUGAUAAGGCUACUGCUGCUGCGGUACAACAACAAUCAAGGAGUCGUUAUAUUCAUCAGCGAAAAGCUUCCGGCACCCCCUCACCAGGAAGCCGCAACAUGUCCAGCGAAUUGCUCCCCACAUUACAAAGACACAGUUCAGCCUUCAUCCCGAACGGUCUGGUUUCAUCUGCUGCUGACUUGUCCGCACAUCUUUCUGCGCGCGAACAGGAAUAUGUUGCAAAGCAGACGGGGUCAACUCUCCUCCAUCUAGACAAUGGGAAAGGUAAAAACCAACCGCCUCACCAGACUGGUCUUCUUGGCGCAAUUGAGACAAGAGAGAAGGAGAAAAAACUCAUGAAGGGUUCAUGGUCGGGUAAUGGCAACAGCGCAACAGUUCAACAAGCCAUUGCCCAACGACAACAGCUCAAGCAGCAACAGCUCCAGCAGCAACAGCUCCAACAGCAACAGCUCCAACAGCAACAGCUUCAACAGCAACAGCUUCAACUUCAGCAACAGAAGCUUCAACAGCAACAGCAGCAAGCUCUGUUAAGGGAGAAGGCCAAAUCCCCGAGUCCGAGAAUGAGCAGUUACGGCGCAUACGAAGGUGCAGCAGGCUAUUUUCCUCAAAAUGCGUAUGCAUCGCAAAGUCAAACAUUAUUGCAACAACAGCAGUAUCAGCAGUUCUACAACCAGCAACAAGCGUAUGGUCAACAGCAAUAUGGUAAUGUACAGGGGAAUGGGUUCGUGAGGCAGUAA